CACGGUUGCAGUGCCGCCGCCAUUUCACUUUUCAUUCAUUGGUUUUGAGGCCUACGUCGGCGAAUCGGAUACACAGAACUUCAUCAUGGUGAAAAUUUUUAUCGGCAACCUCGCCUGCAACACCGCACCCGAGGAGCUGCGCGAGCUCUUCGAGAAGUACGGAAAGGUCUCAGAAUGUGACAUUGUCAAAAACUAUGGUUUCGUACACAUGAGCAAUAUGUCGGAGGCGGAGGAGGCCAUCCGAAACCUCCACCAGCACCAGCUGAACGGCUGGCGCAUGAAUGUGGAGAUGAGCAAAGGGAGGCCCAAGUCCACAACCAAGCUGCAUGUCAGCAACCUCGGCGAAGGCGUCACCACUGACGUCCUGCGGGCCAAGUUCGAGGAGUUUGGCACGGUGGUGGAGUGUGACAUAGUAAAGGACUACGCCUUCAUUCACAUGGAGCGAAUGGAGGACGCCAUGGACGCCAUCAGUAAACUGGACAACACCGCCUACAAAGGCAAGCUGAUGAGCGUACAGCUAUCCACCAGUCGGCUUCGCACCGCCCCAGGAAUGGGAGAGCACACUGGCUGCUAUGCCUGCGGGAAACAUGGUCACUGGUCGAAAGAUUGUCCAGUCGGUCGGAAUGGUAGCCAAGGUGACGGCACAAGAGGCCGCAGCGGCCGGGGCCCCCCACGCAGCCCUGGUUAUGGCAGGGGCAGCUACGAGAUGGCAUCUUCAGCAGCUGAUUACAUGGGCGACUCUGCGUAUAGUCGGGCGAGUUACGUAGGUGGGUUGCUGCCACCCCCUCGCAGGCUCAGCGGCUUCAGCACUGAGCUGGGGGAUCGGUACGCCGGCAGGGCAGCAGGCUCCUUCGCAGAGAGGUCCCCGGCUUACGACCGUCACCGUCUCUACAGCAGUGUUGACUAUUAUGAAAAGUACAGAGCUCGCCCAUACGGCUCAAGCUAUUUCGAGGAUCGUCGCAUGUCCUAUCUCCCCCUCCCCCACCUCCCCCUCCUCCCUCUCAAAGCUCUCCUCCAGUGUAGAUCCAUACGACCGUCGGUCGCUGCCUUCAUCGUCAUCGGCCGCCGCAACUGCCGCAUACUAUGCACGGGACCGCAGCCCGAUCAGACGAUUGCCGGUCUCAUCGGCGGGCUACGAGCGAACACGGCUGUCACCGGGGUCGGGCUCCCGGAGCUCCUACUCUGCUCCGCGGCCCAAGGACCAUUAUCCGCCACGCUAUGCGCCUUACUAAAGCCACGGUGCCAAGGUCUGUUUGUGAACCACAGGACUUUCCCUUUGCCGUCAUUUCUUCAAGCGACGUGAUUCCAUCGGUCCGCGCGAGGUGCGGAAAUUAAGAUCCGAAAUUGUGUCCGCAUCUUCCGGGUACCAUGAUACCAGUUGCCUGCGGAUGAAUUGUUCUUUCAAUCGCAUUCACCUUACCUGUUCUCAAGAAGAAUGGACGGCACCAUUUGACAUUGUAUGAUGUAUAAAACAAUAAUACGCUCACUUGCUCUGCAGGUUUCCAGCUCAGUUUUUUUGCCAUGUUCCUUCUUUUUUUUUUUCUUGUUUCUUCCUCACAUGAAGAAAAUUGUUAAAUUCAGCAAAUGUCAAUUGUUUGGCUGCUGUUUGUCAUAUAGAAGAAGUUUUCUUGUUUCAAUAUCUAAAAAUGUACUUUUACUUUUUUGAGUGGGAUGAGGGUUUACCCAUGCUGCAUCAGUUGCUUAUAGAGCAGAAGAAGCUUAUUGUGCUCCCAGACACACAUGGGACUUUAUAUACAUCAGUUAUAUGGAAGUGGAUAAAUAUAAAUGUUGAAAAAAUUAUCAUCAUUGGUGUCUUAUCGAUGUGCAGCGACGUUGAAGACUCCUCCGGUAUGUUUCGUCACAGCAUAAAAAGUUAUGCUUGAAAGGGUGAAGUUCUCGGUAACAGUCUAGUGGUGGGUGAGAAAGAAAACCUGCUCUCGUUGGCCUCUGUAGCGCAUGAAUGGACUCGGUGGUUGACACUGAAGAAGACAAUGAAGAACUGAAUCCAUAUCCAUGAAACUGACGUGGCUGGGUGUUCAGUUAGGACACAGAUAAUUUCAAACAUUCCAGUCUCAUUUCUUUUUCUAUUUUAAAGUGUCUAAAAAAAUAUAAAAUUCAUACAUUUUAUAACGAGUUCUCUGCUGAUCUGAAGUCCAAAUUGAAUUAAGUUUUGAGCAGCACCGAAAUAAGAGCGUCCGCUGACAUAGCGCUGUGCUGCUAAGAAACACCUUAACUAAGUUUACCUUUAGCCGCUAAUGGCAACAGAAAAUAACCCUUCAUGUGGUGAACUUGAGUUAGGGAUGGAUGUUUAUACUAUCUAUAACAGAUACAGAAAUGUGAGGCAGGACUCAGGGCUUAGGAUGUGUAAAUCGCUAGGCACUUGUGGUUUGUUGAAGGUGCCUUACGUUUGUUUUUGCACAUAGGUGGAUUUGAGGUUUGUAUUUUUCAUACUAGCUGUAAAAGUACUAGCAUGAAUUAAAAAAAAUAAUGUCUAAAGUGAAUAUG